CAUAACUGAGACUAUGAACUACGAGGUGAAAACCUUUGGAUCUUCUCUCCCUGUUAAAGUCAUGGAGGCCCUGACGUUGGCGGAAGUUGAUGAUCAGCUGACUGUUCACAUAGAUGAAGGUGGAUGGGCAUAUUUGGUCUGCAAAGAGAAGCUCAUUAUUUGGAAGAUUACUCUGUCGCCUAUUACUAAGUUAUCUGUCUGCAAAGAACUGCAGUUGCCACCUAGUAAUCUCCAUCGGACCACUGACCUGGUGGCUCUCUCUUACUCUGCUACCUCAGGUGAAGCAUAUUCUACUCAGGCUCUUGGGGUCAUGGUUGCCACCGGAGAGGGGUCCAUCCGCUAUUGGCCAAGUCUUGCUGGGGAGGACAUGUACACAGAGGCUUUCGUGGAUUUGGGAGGGAGGAAGUUUUAUUUUGUCCUCGUCGGGAAGCCAACUGAUUCGGUUGAUACCGGAGAGCUCAGGGAGGAUUCACCAGCACGUCCUGCCCCAGGGGCAAGGCGUGCUCUCAGGAAUUGGUCGGAGGGUUUCCUCUCUCUUUGGAAUUUUGUCUCCUUGUAGUGAUCUCAUACUUUCAAGUGUUCUCUGGGAUAUAGAGCGAGCGAGCUUCUAUAGCCUGACAAGUUCAAACAUCAGUAAAUGGGAAUUAGAUGAUUCUUCGGAAAAACAAGCAUUUAGUUGGGACAUAAAUAGAGCCCUGAAGGAGAACAUCACUGACGCCAUUUGGGGUUCUGAGAGUAACUAUGAAUCUGUUAAAGAAGGAGUCAACAUUCGAUAUCUGGACUUGAAGCAAAGCUGUGAUGGGCUCCUGAUUUUGGCAGCAGCAUGGCACCCGGCAGACAAUCCAUGUCUCGUCUAUUACUCUCUGAUAACUGUGGAAGAUAAUGGCCACCAGAUGUCAGAUGCAAUUACUGUAGAAGUCACUCAGUAUAGUCCACCUUUUCAGUCUGAAGACCUGAUUAUGUGUCGAUUAAUGGUCCCAAACUUUUCAAGCCAAACUGCCUAUCUGUACACCGAAAAUGCUGUCUAUGUGUGCUCCACAGGAACUGGGAAAUUUUCUCUUCCGCAGGAGAAAAUUGUCUUCAAUUCACAAGGAGACAGUGUUUUAGGCGCUGGUUCCUGUGGCGGUAUUCCUAUCAUUUUUUCUAGGAACAGUGGACUGGUGUCUAUUACUUCAAGGGAAAACGUGUCCACAUUAGUAGAAGACCUUGAAGACUCCUUGGCUUCAGUCGCGGGACCAAACAAUGACAGUAUGUUUUUUGAGACCACUACAAAGAGUGAAACCAUAGCACAGGAGGAUAAAACCAAGCUGUUCAAGGCUGCUUUUCUGCAAUACUGCAGAAAAGAUUUUGUUCGUGCUCAGAUGAUGGUGGAUGAGCUAUUUUCCUCUCAGGCUGAUUUGGAUUCUGAUUCUGAGCUAGACAGGACUGUUACCCAGCUGAGUUUAGACCUGGUGGACGACUACCCAGCUUCUGAUCCACGGUGGGCUGAAUCUGUCCUCGAGGAAUCCCCCAGGUUCAGCAACACGUCGCUGAUUAUUCUUCACCAGCUGGAGGACAAGAUGAAAGCCCACUCUCUCCUCAUGGACUUCAUCCACCACGUUGGCCUGUUCGGGCGUCUGCGCGUGUUCCCGGUCAGAGGGGCGCCCAUGGCGACACGUCUGCUGCUCCGGGAGCAUGCCGAGAAGUUGUCAGCUGCCAUUGUCCUCAAGAACCACCACUCCCGGCUCUGUGACCUGGUGAACACGGCCAUAUCGAUGGCCUUGAGCAAGAGGGAGUGCGAGAUCCCGCCCAGCCUGACCCCUGCUGAUGUCUUUUUCCGAGAGGUGUCCCAGGUAGACAGCAUCUGCGAGUGUUUGCUGGAGCACGAGGAGCAGGUCCUGAAGGACUCGUCGCUGGACUCGGUCGAGUGGGCGGAGGUGGUGGUCAAUGUGAACAGCAUCCUCAAGGAUAUGCUGCAGGCUGCCGGUCAUUAUCGCCAGAACAGAAGCUCCUUGUACAGAAGAGAAGAACCACUGGGAAAGGAACCUGAGUAUGUUCCGUGGACAGCAACGAGUGGCCCUUCUGGCAUCCGAACAGCCAUAGUACGCCAGCAUGGGAUUGUCCUGAAGAUGGUUUAUCCCCAGGCAGACAGCAACCUCCGGAAAACCGUGACAGAGCAGCUAGUAGCACUGAUUGACUGCUUCCUAGAGGGCUAUGUUUCUCAGCUUAAUUCCCUGGACAGAUCCAGUGAUCAGGAGAGAUAUGACAGUCUAGAUGUGGAGUACCUGCAAAAGAGAUCAGAUCUCUUAUCUCCUCUUCUCACACUGGGCCAGUAUGCGUGGGCUGCUUCUCUUGCAGAGAAGUACUGUGACUUCGACAUCCUGGUGCAGAUGUGCGAGCAGACCGACAACCAGUCCCGACUGCAGCGCUACAUGACGCAGUUUGCCGAGCAGAACUUUUCAGACUUUCUUUUCCGUUGGUAUCUGGAGAAAGGAAAGCGAGGGAAGCUGUUGUCUCAACCCGUUUCUCAGCAUGGACCGCUAGCAGACUUCCUGCAAGCUCACGGUCAUCUCAGCUGGCUACAUGAAAUUAAUAGCCAAGAGUUAGAAAAGGCCCAUGCAACACUUCUGGGUUUGGCAAACGCAGAAACUCGUUACUUUUCAAAGAAGAAAACCCUUCUUGGCUUGAGUAAAUUAGCUGCAUUAGCUUCAGACUUUUCGGAGGAUCUACUACAAGAGAAAAUUGAAGAGAUGGCUGAGCAGGAGCGUUUUCUGCUACACCAGGAGACCCUACCUGAACAGCUGCUGGCAGAGAAGCAGCUCAGUCUCAGCGCGAUGCCAGCGCUGACGGCGCCACAGCUCAUCAGUCUAUAUAUCUGUGAAGAAAAUAGAAGAGCUAAUGAAUACGAUUUCAAGAAAGCUCUGGACUUGCUGGAAUACAUUGAUGAGGAGGAAGAUAUAAAUAUAAAUGACCUAAAACUGGAGAUCCUGUGCAAAGCUCUGCAGAGAGAUAACUGGUCCAGUUCAGGUGGUAAAGAUGAUCCAAUUGAAGUAUCUAAAGACAGCAUAUUUGUGAAAAUCUUACAGAAACUUGUAAAAGAUGGCAUUCAGCUGAGUGGAUACUUACCAGAGGUGAAAGACCUUCUGCAGGCAGAUCAGCUUGGGAGCCUGAAGUCCAAUCCCUACUUUGAGUUUGUUUUGAAAGCAAAUUAUGAAUAUUAUGUCCAGGGACAAAUGUAACUUUUUCUAAAAAUGGUCAUUGUUUCUGAAAUUUGUAUGAGUGCACAUUUAUAAACAUUUUAGACCUUAACUAGAAAUUUGUAUGAUUUUAUAACAUGUAUAGCUGAUUUUUUUAUACUUUGUUUAGAAGUAACAUAAAAUAGUUACCUAAUUAUAAUUUUGGUUUUCAGUUA